CGAGGGAGCGACGGAGAGCGGUUUGAACGGUCAGAGGAUCCGAGGCGGAAACAAACAACGUUGUUGAAUCUUCCACAGACGCGGUGUUUCCGUCCCACAGACACGGCGGCUCCGGUGCUCGAACCAGGCCCACGGUGGAGGGAAGGCAGCCUCCUCCGUCUGCCGUCUCCGAGGCACGCGAAGCCGGCUGUCGCGCAAAGUGCAUCGCUCCCUCCGCCUCCUCCCGAGCUAGCUGCUAACUAGCCAGCGAGCUAACGCGACGGCUAGCCCCGGAACACGGAGCCGAGCUAAUCCCGACCACACAGGAGCACGUCGCCCGGGUUCUGACGCGCCGAUCCCGGAGAACCCCCGCUGGAUGAGGACGGAGCCUCCGGGGCAGGUCGAUCAUGGUGCUCACGGGGAAGCGCUCGGAGAAGGGCCCCGCCUACUGGAAGAAGAGGGUCAAGUCCGAGUACAUGAGGCUUCGGCAGCUCAAGCGCUUCCGGCGGGCCGACGAGGUCAAGAGCAUGUUCAGCACCAACCGUCAGAAAAUCAUGAAGCGAACUGAUAUUCUGAACCAGGAGUGGAAGACCAGACGGAUCCAGCCCGUUCACAUCAUGACGUCCGUCGGGUCUCUGCGAGGCACCAGGGAGUGUACGGUGGACGGAGGCUUCUCCGACUCCCACCGGCAGGUCAUCCCCCUGAAGACGCUCAACGCCGUGGCCUCGGUGCCGGUCAUGUACUCCUGGUCGCCGCUGCAGCAGAACUUCAUGGUCGAAGACGAGACCGUGCUCCACAACAUCCCCUACAUGGGAGACGAGAUCCUGGACCAGGACGGUACCUUCAUUGAAGAGCUCAUCAAGAACUACGACGGCAAAGUGCACGGGGACAGAGAGUGCGGCUUCAUCAACGACGAGAUCUUCGUGGAGCUGGUCAACGCCCUGUCCCAGUACAGCGACAACGAGGACGACGAGGACGAGGAGGAGGAACCACAGGACUUCAAGGUGGAGAAGAUGGAGGCAUGCGACGGCGGCAAGGAGCCUCCAGAGGACCCGCGCAAGGACGGACUCGUCAGUGGCGAGAACCGAACCAGUAAUGACAUCUCCAAGAAGUUUCCAUCUGACAAGAUUUUUGAAGCCAUCUCCUCCAUGUUCCCCGACAAGGGCUCCACCGAGGAGCUCAAAGAGAAGUACAAGGAGUUGACGGAGCAGCAGCUGCCCGGAGCGCUGCCUCCCGAAUGCACGCCGAACAUCGACGGCCCCAACGCUCGCUCGGUGCAGCGCGAGCAGAGCCUGCACUCGUUCCACACUCUGUUUUGCCGACGCUGCUUCAAAUACGACUGCUUCCUCCACCCCUUCCACGCAACUCCCAACACCUACAAGCGCAAGAACCUGGAGAACCUGGUGGAGAGUAAACCCUGCGGCAUCGACUGCUACAUGUACCUGGUGCAGGACGGGAUGGUGAGGGAGUAUCCCGCGGCAGCAGUGGCCGAGCGCGUCAAGACGCCCUCCAAGCGCACGGUGGGCCGUCGCCGCGGACGACUGCCCAACGGCAACGGCAACAGCCGGCCCGGCACUCCCAGCGUCUCCUCGGAAACUAAGGACACUGACAGCGACCGCGAGGGCGGCAAAGACGACGAACGGGACGACGAGCGGGACAACGACAACGACAAAGACGACGACGACGACGAUAAGAAGGACGAGAACACCAGCAGCUCGGAGGGCAACUCGCGGUGUCAGACGCCGGUGAAGAUGAAGCUGAGCGGCGAGGCCGAGGCGGUGGACUGGAGCGGUGCCGAAGCGUCUCUGUUCCGGGUUCUCAUCGGGACGUACUACGACAACUACUGCGCCAUCGCGCGACUCGUCGCCACCAAGACCUGCAGACAGGUGUACGAGUUCCGGGUGAAGGAGUCAAGCAUCAUCGCCCGGGCUCCCGCCGAGGACGAGGACACGCCCCCUAGGAAGAAGAAGAGGAAACACCGACUGUGGGCCACUCACUGCAGGAAGAUCCAGCUGAAGAAAGACGGUUCUUCCAAUCACGUGUAUAAUUACCAGCCGUGCGAUCACCCGCGGCAACCCUGCGACUCCUCCUGUCCCUGUGUCACCGCUCAGAACUUCUGCGAGAAGUUCUGCCAGUGCAGCUCCGAGUGUCAGAACCGAUUCCCGGGUUGCCGGUGCAAAGCCCAGUGCAACACCAAGCAGUGUCCCUGCUACCUGGCGGUGAGGGAGUGCGACCCGGACCUGUGCCUGACCUGCGGCGCCGCCGACCACUGGGACAGUAAGAACGUGUCCUGCAAGAACUGCUCCAUCCAGAGAGGAGCCAAGAAGCACCUCCUGCUGGCGCCGUCAGACGUGGCCGGUUGGGGCAUCUUCAUCAAAGAGCCGGUCCAGAAGAACGAGUUCAUCUCCGAGUACUGCGGAGAGAUCAUCUCUCAGGACGAAGCCGACCGCCGAGGCAAAGUCUACGACAAAUACAUGUGCAGCUUCCUCUUCAACCUCAACAACGACUUUGUCGUCGACGCCACGAGGAAAGGAAAUAAGAUCCGCUUCGCCAACCACUCGGUGAACCCCAACUGCUACGCUAAAGUGAUGAUGGUGAACGGGGAUCACCGGAUCGGGAUCUUCGCCAAGAGGGCGAUCCAGACCGGAGAGGAGCUGUUCUUCGACUACAGGUACAGCCAGGCCGACGCGCUGAAGUACGUCGGGAUCGAGCGGGAGUUGGAGAUCGCCUGACGUCCCGACCUCUACUUCCUGUGGACUGGCAACACGACGGCCUUACACACACGUACACACACACACACACACACACACACCUUCACUUCAGGAAAAUCCAGACGACCUGUCAACGACGUUUAAAAAAAGAAAAGCUUCAGGAAAUCUGGGAAUUUUUUAAAAUACUUUUCAAAUGCUUCUGUGAUUUUUCUUUUUCUGCUGUCACCAAAUCGUACUCUUCAGUCGGACGUUUCGAUUCGAUCGCCUACAAACUUUUUAAAAAAAAUCUGUUUGUUAUGUUUUCUAGAGGCGACAAACCCUCGACUGUCUUUUUCUAGAUUCAAGCUUCAGUGACCAGAAUCCUCCACCAGCCUCGUGCUCACGUCACUUCUUUUUCCUUUUUCUUCGUAUCGUUUGCCCCCCCCCCCCCCCCCCCCCCCCCCCCCGGCGCUCCCAAGAUUCCUUUCUUCAGCUUGUCGUUUAUCCGCUCACUUUCCGUUUGCUGUGAAAUACGUCUGGCUCUCGAUGCGGGCGGUUCUACUUGUGGUUAUUCAAAUUUUUUUUUUUUUUUAAGUGUAGUUUCUUAAUUUUUUUCAUGGUUAAUCUGUUCAAUCAUGAAAUGUCAAGAAAAUGAAUUCCCAAAAGUCUUGUUUGGUCCAGAAAUCAUGAAACGGAGAAAAGCAGGAAGACGUCGCCUGUUGUGAAAAUAUAAUCGUGCUGAUUGAUUUGAUGAUGCGAUGACGCAGUGACGCCUUCAACAGCAAACUUGAAAACCCUGUAAAUCCCAACGCUGAAAAUGAAAACCUUCUCUCAGAUUGAACAUUUUUAAUUUUCUGGCUUCAACUCUGUGAUGCUGCUUCAGGUGCUAAUAAAAAAAAACAACUGGAAACUCAA